AUGCUAACUGCAGAGCUGUACCGUGCCGUUUGGCAAGUGGAUACUGCGCUGUGCAAUCCCAAAAAAUCGUCAGGUUCAUCUGUACCAUCCCCUUCUCAGCCGGAUCAGACCUUGCCUCUGCCACUUUUACAUGGUGACACAUUAGCCGACUUACUUUAUCAUGUUAAAUACAUGUUUGUGGGGAAUGGGGUUGUUGACCAAGUCAAGCCGCUGCUACCCCACCUCAGGCCCAGCUUGCAGGCCUGUCUCAAAUUCAUCCUUUCUCCGCCUUCAACGACGACAACGACUUCCACAACGACUGGCAACUCCACUACCGGGGCUGUUGCUGCCGCCUCUGGGAUAGAGACAAACACUCGUGCUUCUGUCGUUUCAGCAUCUCUGCCCUCGUCUGGACCCGGAGUUGAAGCUGCUUGUUCGCUUGUUUAUGAGGGUAGGCGAUAUCUGGCUGCUCCGAGGCCACCGAUAAGUGGGGAGGACUUUUGA